AACAGAUAUGGCGAUAUUGCCUGGUAUAAUGCACGUAAAUCCAUUGCCUCUAGGCGAAUAACAACCAUUCUUAGUUAAUAUGUCUACGCUUCUUAAUGAUCGAUUAACAAUUUUUCAGACUAACUCAGUUCGCAUUUAGUUUUGUUCAAUUUAGAAAUGGGACAACCUGAAUCACGACCAACUCAUAGAAGGACAACUGGUAAAUUUGAAAACACGAAUAACAAAGGUUUGCGCCUUCCAAUCGGUCUGAAAUUUGAAGGUUCAACUUCUUAUAGCAACGGCUUGAUGCAAAUGCUAUAUUUUAUACCAAAACUUCGAAAUGCAGUAUACAUUGUUGCAAAUGAAAAAAAUCCAGAUAAGAAAGUAUCCUCCAUGCUUGAAGAAUUGUUUCGAAAAAUGGAUGACAGUAAAGGUCCGGUAGGUACAAGCAAACUCAAAGAAAUAUACAAAUGGGAAACUUUUGAAAAUGAUAUAGGUUUGGACGGUUUCGGUUUACUUUAUUUUAUUUUACCAACUCUCGAAGAAGAAAUGAAAGGCACAAGUGUUCAAGAUGUAAUUCCGUCUAUGUUUGAGGGAGAAUUGCUUAACUAUAUACGUUGUUUCGAUGUGGAGUUUACAAAACAGUGGAAAGAAAAGUUCCAUGCCUUGCACUUACAUAAUAGUAAAGGGUUGAUUGAUUCACUUCAUAAGUUUAUUGAACCCGAAAUUCAGGAUGGAGAACACAAAGUACGAACCGACAUCCACGGAUUACAAGAAGGAGAAAGGGGAGUAAAACUGCUUACACUGAGUCCAAUUUUAUGUUUGUAUUCGGAGAGAUAUCGAAAAAAGUUUUUGGAACCAUACGAAUUUUCGAGAAAACUAGAACUUGAUGAAUUUUUGGACAUACCAGAUCCUAACGACAAGGCAACAUAUGUGCUACAUUCUUUACUUAUUCACAGGUGCAAACUCGAUGGUGAAAACAGUGAUGGCAACUAUCAUGCAUUUAUUGAUCCAAAAUGUGAUGGCAACUGGUUUGUUUUUGAUCAUGAAUUAGUAGAGAAGUCUGCUGAAGAAGAGAUGCUUCGAGAAGGAUUUGGUGGGGUAAUUGAUGGCCAGUUAUACCGUCCAUACUUCUUCUUUUAUAUUCGAGAAAGCAAGAUAAACGAAAUUCUAUUGGGAUAAAGAGUAUACAUUGAAAACUCAGGGAAUAUAAAAGAGCCGUUUUGUGCUUAUCUGUCGCUAGAAAUAUGCUGCACCCAAAGAGAUGCCACGCGAUGCCAAACUAUAUUAAAAAGAUGAUGAAAAAUUUGGUUGCGAUUUGGAUAUUCCUAAUUGGAUGGAUUUACAAGAUUGUAAUCUUAUAACAUAUUCUUUGAACUUGUUGACUGACUUAUUAUGAGGUACAGUAUAAGUGACAUGUCAGGGAUUCAAAUAUUAAAAAUAUAUAUACAUUAUGUGGAAUUUCCGUUUAUCUGAUCGAAUUGCCAAGAUACCGCCACAAGCAUUAGCAGAGGGUGGUAGCGGAAGUAAUCAUACGAAAUAUAUAUUUCAGUAUUAUAUUGCAGUACUAAAUACUACA